AUGUCCCUGGGUGCCAUGUGGAGCCGGGUGAAGAAUGUAUGCCAGCAGAAUGGCCUCCUUAUCCUGUCCGUGCUGGCUGUCGUGAUCGGCUGCCUGCUGGGAUUCUUCCUGCGUUCUAAACACCUCUCUGAACAGGAGGUGAAGUAUUUCCAGUUCCCUGGCGAGCUGCUCAUGAGGAUGCUGAAGAUGCUCAUCUUGCCUCUUGUUGUCUCCAGUUUGAUGUCCGGUCUGGCAGCGCUGGAUGCUAAAUGCUCGAGUCGCCUGGGCAUCAUGACCAUCUCCUACUACCUCUGGACCACCUUCGUGGCCGUAGUGGUGGGCAUCAUCCUGGUGAUCAUCAUCCACCCAGGCGGAGCGGCACAGAAGGAGGACUCGGAGGACAGUGGCAAACCCAUCAUGAGCUCCGCCGACGCUCUGCUCGACCUCAUCCGCAAUAUGUUUCCUGCCAACCUGGUCCAAGCUACUUUUCAACAGUACCGCAGCAGGAGUAUCCCCAUCAUAAAACCAAAGCCCACUGUGAGCCAGGACCUGACGGAAUCCACCACCAGGCGUAUUUUUAUCUACGGCAUCCAGGACGACAACAGCACUGACACCCAGAGCUUCUUUCUGGACUUGACACCACCUCCAGACGUGGUGUUCAGGACGCUGCCCGGCACGAGCGACGGCAUGAACGUCCUGGGGAUCGUCAUCUUUUCAGCUACCAUGGGAAUCAUGCUGGGAAGAAUGGGACCCAACGGCAGUGCACUGGUCAACUUCUGUCUGAGUUUAAACGAAGCAUUGCUGAAAAUCGUAGCCAUCGUUAUCUGGUAUUUCCCAUUUGGGAUCGUCUUCCUGGUGGCUGGCAAGAUCUUGGAGAUGGACGACCCCUCUGCAAUGGGGAAGAAACUGGGUUUCUACGCCAUCACUGUGGUUACUGGGCUGAUCGUCCAUGGUCUAUUCAUCCUACCUGCCCUGUAUUUCUUCAUCACCAAGAAGAGCCCGAUCGUUUACAUCCGAGGCAUCCUGCAGGCUCUGCUCAUCUCACUGGCCACCUCAUCCAGUUCUGCCACGCUGCCCAUCACCUUUAAGUGCCUCCUCGAGAACAACCAUAUCGACCGACGCAUCAUCCGAUUUGUCUUACCCGUUGGAGCCACCAUCAACAUGGACGGCACAGCACUCUACGAGGCCGUAGCAGCCAUCUUCAUUGCUCAGGUCAACAACUAUGAGCUAGACUUUGGCCAGAUCAUCACCAUUAGCAUCACAGCCACAGCAGCCAGUAUUGGUGCAGCAGGGAUUCCUCAGGCUGGAUUGGUAACGAUGGUGAUUGUGUUAACCUCAGUAGGGCUUCCUACUGAUGACAUCACAUUAAUCAUUGCCGUGGACUGGGCCCUGGACCGUUUCAGGACGAUGGUGAACGUGAUGGGAGACGCACUGGCCACAGGAAUCAUGGCGCACAUAUGCAGGAAAGACUUUAUGAAGGAGGAUGAAGAGGUAAAAACAUCGCACUUGAUUCCACUGAUCUGUGAAACCAAGCCUAUGAUAAGCAUUCAGCGGAUGACGUCCUACCAAAGCAACGGCUGCUUCCAGAAUCCUCCAGCGCGGCCCAGGAAGCUGGACUGUCUCUCCCGAGAUGUGGCUCGCCUCAUACAGCUGGAAGAAGGGAUCAGGCCAGAGAGGAAGCAUAAGAAGGCCACACACCAUGUCAAGAGGAAAGACCAGGCCCGAGAUAGAGGUCACUGCACGAUUGACAUGAACGGUCUCGAAACCAACGUCUAG